AUGCAAAGUGAAAUAGUCGUCUUCUUCCUCUGUUCCUCAUAUUUGUUGCUUCACACUUCUGCAAAAUUUUCAAAAUCUCACCAAUCAGCAAGAUUCGUCAUAUCUUUUUUGUUAUUUUUCUAAGCCUUAAUGCAUUCUUCGUUCAAAGUUUCAGUGUAGGGAUUCUCCUGCCUUGCCAAUAAUUUGGGUUCGAGACAGAAUUAUAAAAAGUUUCAGAAUCAAGAACCUAGCUUUACUGCUUAUAAGGCUAAAAAGAUUUGAAUGGCUAGACCUCCAUUUGUUUUCACAAACUUGUGCACUCGCCAAAAUGUUAAUUGCCCAAUCCGUAACCUUAGUAUUGCUGGCACUAAUAGUGGGGUUGAAGGUGAAGUUGUUGCACAAAACCCUAAUCGAUCAAGUUCAGAAAAUCAUCAAAUUGAGCAACAGAACUUUGUUGAGAUAGCUAAAGAUGUUUGCAAAGUCAUCCGUACACGACCCAGGUGGGAACAAACAUUGUUAUCUGAUUUUCCCACUGUUAAUUUUACUGAUCCAAGAUUUUAUACUGAGGUUCUGAAGGCACAACAAAAUGCUCUGUUGUCGCUUCGAUUUCAUUAUUGGCUUAGUUCUCAAAAUGGAUUUUCGAGGGAUCAGUUCUCUGAUGAAGUAAUAUUUAGUCGACUUGUACAAGCCAAGGCUGCCAGUGCUGCCAAAUGUUUUCGGCAAAAUAUGAACUUUGUACUUCAACCUAGUUGUUUGGAGGCCUACAUUCAGUGUCUUUGUGAAAAUGGAUUGAUUGAGGAUGCCCUCAAUGUGUUUACUGAAUUGGGAGGUGUUGGCCACUGCCCAUCAUUGAGAAUUUGGAAUUCAGCCCUUUCACAUUCUAUCCGAGCUGGAAGAACUGACAUUGUCUGGAAAUUGUAUGAGGAUAUGACAGAAUCUGGUGUUGUAGCAGAUGUAGAUACGAUUGGGCACUUGAUUCAAGCAUUUUGUAUGGAAAACAAUGUUCCAAAAGGUCAUCAACUUCUUCGACAAGUUUUGGAAGCUGGGCAUGCCCCUAGUAGUGUUACUUUUAAUAAACUGAUUUACGAAUCAUGCAAGAACAGAGAUUACUUUAGACUGUCAUCUCUUCUCCAUUCAAUGCUUGCAACUAAUUGUUCUGUCGAUAUAUUCACUUAUCAGCAUGUUAUUCAGGGACUAUGUGAAACGGGAAAGAGGUGUGAAGCUUUUCGGAUAUUUAAUGAUCUAAAGAAUAGAGGUUAUGCUCCUGAUAUGGUUAUGUAUACAACGAUGAUUAAUGGUCUCUGUAAAAUGAAAUUGCUUGGAGAUGCCCGGAAAUUAUGGUUUGAGAUGAUUCAAAAGGGAUUCAAUCCCAACGAAUACACAUAUUGCGCACUCAUCCAUGGGUAUUUAACAACUAACCAUCUAAGGGAAGCUGAAAGUCUUUAUAAGCAAAUGUGUGAUAAAGGAUAUGGAGAGACCACAGUGACAUAUAAUACCAUGAUUCACGGGCUGUGUCUUUAUGGAAGAGUAGACGAAGCUCACAACUUGUUCAAUAAAAUGGCUGAGAAAGGUGUUGCCCGUGAUGUGGUCACAUACAAUUCUCUUAUUCAGGGUUUCUGCAAGAAUGGGAAGGUUACUGAAGGUCUUCAAUUUUUAUAUGAACUGUUUAAGCAGGGGUUGCAACCAUCACCUGCUUCUUACACAGUGUUAAUUGAGAAACUUUGUGAGAUUGGCCGUGUUUUGGAAGCGAAAUCAUUGUGGAAUGAUAUGCAGGAUAGAGGUGUCAAACCUGCAGCUUCGACUCAUGAUUCUAUCAUACUUGGAUUGAUCAAGCAAGGAUAUGUAACAGAGGGGCUAGAUUGGUUAAGCAGUAUGACGAAGAAUAGGCUCAGACCAAGGAGAAAAACUUUUGAGAAACUGAUUUAUCAUCUUUCUCAAGCAGAAUUGUUGGAUGACUCUUUAUCGAUUUUAGAUUACAUGCUUAGGUUAGGUCAUGUUGUCAAAGAAAAAAUUUUCUGUUCUCUAGUAAAUAAACUUUGCAAAGAUAAUUCCCACCAUAUUGAGAUGCAAAUGGGAUACAUUGUCUGAGCAAUUUAAGAUGGUUGAUGUCAUAAAGAUUGCAGCACCUUUAUCUUGUCCAAGGCCAAAUUGGAAGAGGAUUUAUUUGCUUUAUAAACCUUGAUCGUGCAACUUAACAUUUUUGUUAUGACAUUAUGUUGUAUUUUGUUGGUCUUAUUGAUAUGUGAUAGGGAUCAAAUUUUUAGCAUGUGCAGCUGCACAUCCCAACUGUAUUUCUGUUACUGCUUACAGUAAAUUUGAUGAUGGAUGCACUGACACUGUUUGAAGUGCAGUCAUUCCUUAGAAUCUGUGGUUUCUGCUAGGAGAGACACCAAUCAGUUCUUCUGAAUAACUUUUUAUCAAAUGAACUGUUUUGAUGUGUG